UCCAAAGUGUUCAUUAUCACUCUUAUAGUGGGGGAAGAAGCGCCGAGGCCCGAUUCGACGGCAGGAAUGGGACUGAAGCGGCUCGUCGGGGAGAGCUAGAGGAGAAAGGAGGGGGGACCAGAAAACAGAGGGAGGGCCUGAAAUUAUCGAUACCUUUUACGUAAGAAUGCUCCUCAUAUCGCCCGGAUUAAUAGCCAGGACCUUUACUUCUACGUCCGAUACAACCUGUGUUGUUUGGAAUACACACCGGUGAACAGCGGGGGAAUUAAAAGGUUGUGUUCGGUCGUCGGCCGAAGACAGCCGAGGAUUGUCGGGGUAGCGAUCACUGCGGUGACGCUGCGCCACUUUAACUGGGCCCUGUUUGAGACUUAGCCAUCCAGCUAACACAGGCUAGGAGGCGAUGAACCACAUAAUUUUACGGAACACGUCAGGGAUGGAGUCGCAGAACCUCGUGGACGAUCUGUCGCCAAAGAAGACCACAGUUCUCAAGCUUAGUAAUGGUCCUGUUGUGGGGUCCCGCAAGCGCCCGUCGGAGGGGAACUACGAGAAGGAGAAGGAACACUGCAUCGCCCUGUUUGACCAGUGGUCGGAGGCCGACCAGGUGGAGUUUGUCGAGCGCCUGAUCUCCCGUAUGUGCCACUACCAGCACGGCCACAUCAACUCCUACCUCAAACCCAUGCUGCAGAGGGACUUCAUCACUGCGCUGCCAGCCCAAGGCUUGGAUCACAUAGCGGAGAACAUCCUGUCUUUCCUGGAUGCACGCUCGCUGUGCUCGGCAGAGCUGGUGUGUAAGGAGUGGCAGAGGGUCAUCUCUGAGGGUAUGUUGUGGAAGAAGCUCAUCGAACGCAUGGUCCGCACCGACCCGCUUUGGAAAGGCCUGUCCGAGAGACACCAGUGGGAGAAAUAUUUGUUCAAGAACCGCACGGCAGAAGUCCCACCCAACUCCUACUAUCACUCCCUUUAUCCCAAGAUCAUCCAAGACAUAGAGACUAUUGAGGCAAAUUGGCGAUGUGGCCGACACAACUUGCAGAGGAUUCAGUGUCGCUCAGAAAAUAGUAAAGGUGUUUACUGUCUCCAGUACGACGAUGACAAGAUCAUCAGUGGCCUUAGGGACAAUUCCAUCAAGAUCUGGGAUAAGCAGUCUCUGGAGUGUCUGAAGAUACUGACCGGUCACACAGGAUCAGUGUUGUGUCUUCAGUACGACGAGAGGGUCAUCGUCACCGGGUCCUCCGACUCAACUGUCAGGGUGUGGGAGGUGACAACAGGUGAGGUACUGAACACACUGAUCCACCACAACGAGGCAGUUCUUCACCUACGCUUCGCCAACGGACUGAUGGUCACCUGCUCCAAGGACCGCUCAAUUGCUGUCUGGGACAUGGCCUCGCCGACUGACAUCAGCCUACGUCGUGUCCUUGUGGGACACCGGGCUGCCGUCAAUGUGGUCGAUUUUGAUGACAAAUACAUCGUGUCCGCCUCAGGGGACCGUACCAUAAAGGUAUGGAGCACCAGCACCUGUGAGUUUGUGCGCACACUAAAUGGUCAUAAGAGGGGCAUUGCCUGUCUACAGUACAGAGAUCGUCUGGUGGUCAGCGGCUCAUCUGACAACACAAUCCGGUUAUGGGACAUAGAGUGUGGGGCAUGUUUGCGAGUGCUGGAAGGUCACGAGGAGCUGGUGCGUUGCAUUCGCUUUGACAAUAAAAGGAUUGUCAGCGGUGCCUACGACGGCAAGAUCAAGGUGUGGGACCUGCAGGCAGCCCUUGACCCAAGAGCCCCUGCCAGCACAUUAUGUCUGCGCACUCUAGUGGAGCACUCUGGCCGCGUGUUUCGUCUCCAGUUUGAUGAGUUUCAGAUCAUCAGCAGUUCUCACGACGACACCAUUCUGAUCUGGGACUUCCUGAACGUCUCGACCAAUGGCCAGUCAGAGGGACGGUCUCCCUCCCGCACCUACACUUACAUUUCUAGAUAGCAGGUGGCGCCAUCCACCGCACCCUUUCUCGGAGGAGCCCAGGGCUGAUUGGCUGAUGGGUGCGUCCGUCAUGGAAAAGAGCCCAUCUCUUCUCUUUCCUCCUCGUCAUCUCUCUGUCCACCUCCACCCUGCCCCCGCCACAUCCACCUCCCUGCCCGUUCUGACAGACCCUUGAGUUUGUGCCCAUUGCCUGCCAGUACUGUGACAUGCACACACACACACGUCAACACCGAUAAGGAUUCCCUUCUACAGAACCAACUCAACUCUCCAAAGAAGUUCACCUUGUACUACUAAUUUAUGUUUUGUAAAGUACACUAAUGACAGUAUUAAUAUUAGUCCUUAUAUAAGUCACAAGCUCCCUUUUUGUCCCCUUGAUACAAACUUAAAGCAGCUUUUGCUCCAUAUAUAUACACAUGUGUAUAUAUAUAUGUGUGUGUGUGUCUGUGUCUAUGUGUGCAUGUGUAAUAUAUAUAUAUAUACACACGCACAUAAACACGCAUACAGUGGCACAGUUGGACAGAGGAUGACUGGAGCUGUGAUGCGGGAGACAGAGACUCUUUACUCGGCUCCAGGAAAGGAGGGAAGGAUGGGAGAUGGAGGGAGUGAACGCGGGAGAAAUGUGUUGGGAUGACUUCCCUGCUCCCUCUCACUCUGUCUGACUCCUCCCUGUAUCUCU